AUGCUCGAAACUUUGUUUCUUUUGCUCUGCUUCGGCUCGAUCGCUCUAGGCGCUCCUGUCAGCAAGCCCAGCGGCGGGGCCCGGUCGACCGUUGGGAGCGAAACGUCCGCGACGGCGCCCCAAGCUCGCAACCUCGGUGUUCGUGCAGUGACCAAUGCUACAACAGCGCCUACACCCGAUGGAGUACAUAACGGGCCCGCGACGGCGACGUGGUUCACUCAAGACAAUCUUGCCGGUGCUUGUGGGAACUAUAACCUCGACGCCACACCGCUAGUGGCUUUACAUUAUCUCCUUUACGGGGACACGAAUUCGGUAUCUCAAUACUGCGGUCGUUAUGUCAACAUCACCAACACCGCCAACGGGAAGAACGUCAUCGCCAUCGUCGCUGAUGCGUGUCCUUCGUGCGCAGGGGCUUAUGCCCUGGACCUCUCCCUUGGAGCCUUCGACUUGAUCGGUGUCAGGGACACGGGCGUGUUGCCUAUCAGUUGGAGUUUCUUGCCCAAGACGUACAAGCCGACUUUUGUAACCCCCACUUUGGCGGGGCCUACGAUCGUCAAGACGACCACUAAGAGGGCUGUUAGAACGGGGUCUACACGCUCAGCGACGACCUCGAAGACAGGGGUUGUGACAAUCACCAAGAAGAAGACGACGACAGCGACGACGAGGCGAUCAGGUGACAAUGUGACCACUACGCCGGUCAAGCGAUCCACGACGAAGGUGAUCCAAUUCAUCUCGAGACGUCGGCCACCGCGAUUAAGGUAUUGACCCACCAUUCCCCCACAGCGCCGCCCCUCCCCCACCUCAACCUGGGUCGACGCCCGCAUUCGCAAAAAUGGCAUCACGGCCUUCCGAGCGACCCGUCGCGGCACGAACAAGGGCGCGAUCGUCUCUUGGUUCAGCACCAAAUCCACCACCGACUCCACGAACGGCAACUCGUGGUGCGGUUUCCCUUACGAUAAUACUACCCCUGGUUUCGCGAUCAGUUUGAAGACGAUGUUGGCGAAUUUUGGGAACGAUUAUGAAAAGGCCGCCAAGGCGUUCUGUGGGAUGGAGGCGGAGAUUACGUCCAAGAGUGGGAAGAAGAUCAAGUUGGUGGUUGCGGAUGCCUUUGAUGAUCGUGAGCUGUCUUUCGAGGAGGAUGGCGUUUCGUGAAGCGACGUCGAGUCGGGUGCUAAUCUUUCCUUGGAUACAGGCUGGGUACGCACCCCCAAUUCGAUCGACAUGAUCACAAAUUCUGUUAGUCUACCUUUACCAAUAUACCUCAGCUCCAUGGUAUGAACUGACCGAUUUCCUGCUCUGGCCGUCUUGAUCCUCGCAGUUCGCCAAAUUCAACGGCGCGCGCACGACCAACAAGAAUGUCGUACAGAUGGACGCCAGUUGGGUCUUCACUGGUCGUCGCAACCUGCGCUACAAAUUCAAAGGCGUUGGGAGUGGGAGAUAA